AUGGAUAAAGAUUACAUUCAAAUUAUGGCAGUAUAUUGCAUGUUUGUUAUGGCUCUAAUUGUGAGGAACCAUGCUGUUGUAGUCGAUAUAAAAACUAAAGGUGCCAAGGGUGAUGGCAUAACCGAUGAUAGCCCGGCGAUAUUGAGCGCAUGGAAAGAAGUAUGUGGAGGACCACCACCAAGCUCGUUGGUGAUUCCACCAGGGACUUAUAUGUCACUUGCUAUUAUGUUGGCCGGUCCAUGCAAGGGUCCGAUUGAGAUCAAUGCCAAAGGAGCCACCUUAAAGGCCCCACCCGAGCUUGUAAAGUUCUCAAAAGACAGUUGGAUCUACAUCAGGAAUGUUGAUAAGUUAACCAUGAUUGGUGGUACUUUUGAUGGUCAAGGCCAACAAACAUGGAUGGGUACAAAAUGCGAUGAAACGAUGGCAUGCCCAGUACCAGUCAAUCUCAGAUUGAGUAACCUCAAGAAUUUAGUGUUGAAAGACUUGACGUCUAUUAACAGCAAAAACUUCCACCUUGCUUUAAGGGGUUCUGAUAACAGCAGGUUGGAAAAUCUUGUCAUUAAUGCACCAGGAAACAGUAUCAACACAGACGGGAUUCAUAUCGCUAAGUUAAAUGGUCUCAACAUUACGAACUCAAAGAUAGGAACAGGCGACGAUUGUAUUUCUUUUGGAGAAGGAAGCAGGAAUAUACAUAUCGAGAGAGUGUCGUGUGGACCAGGACAUGGCUUUAGUAUUGGAAGUUUGGGAAAAUUUCCAAAUGAAGAGCCUGUAGAAGGCAUCUUUCUAAAGAAUUGCACCAUCACUGGCACCACGAAUGGAGUUAGGAUCAAAACUUGGCCUAAUUCUUACCCUGGAAUCGUUAGGGACAUCCAUUUUGAAGAUAUCAUCAUGAACGGUGCGCAAAAUCCCGUAUUGAUCGAUCAAGAAUAUUGUCCAAAUAAAGCAUGCAAGAAAGGUGCUCCAUCAAAAGUGAAGUUAACAAAUGUGAGCUUUAAGAGGAUCAGGGGAACAUCUGCAACUAAAGUCGCGGUGAAGCUAGUUUGCAGCGCACAGGUGCCAUGCGAAAACGUGGAGGUGGCUGAUAUCCACUUGACAUUCAAUGGAGGACCAGCAACCUCUGAGUGUUCUAAUGCCAAGCCUAAAGUCGUCGGUCAAAACGUCCCUGGUUGGGUGAAAGGUGGUAUGGUCGGCGGUGGAAGACGGUGGUGGGAGGUUAUUGGUCGACGACGGAAGACGGUGGUGGGUACAAACCCCACCUGCAACUCCGGCCCCCCACAGACCCCACCUGCAACGGAAGACGGCGGCGGGUACAAACCCACCUGCAACUCCGACGGUGACCGUGGCAGUGGUGGAGAGAAAGGGGACGGCGACGGUGGUGGUGUGGAGGAUUGA